AUGAUGGGCGAGCGCGAGGACAUCGCGGGCCCGCAUCCGCCGCGCAUCUUCGACAACUUCCUGCCCAUCCUCGGCAAGUUCGGCGACCUGGGCCAGGCGACCAACAUGGAGGUCCUCGUCGACCAUGUGCUGACUUUCGUCGAACGAAACCAGGUGCCAUGGACCGACAGAAAGGGUCGCCUUCUCACCUUCGACAGGGGUCAGGUGUUCCGCGCGGUGGAGCGGGGGGCGGAUGCGGAGGCCUUGUCUGGGAUGGAGAUCCUCAUGGUCAUAUUCAACGAGGCCUACGACACCCAUGCGCGAGCCAAUUUCAAAAGAACAUGGUUGUUCAAGUCCAUGGGGAUGUCGAGGUACCACGAUGCGCUGCUGAAGUUCUACGGGAAGGAUCGCCUUCGUUACAUCUACCUGGUUCGCGACCCGCGCGACGUCGCCAUGUCAUUCAUGAACACUCCUGUCGGCGACUGCCACUACCACGCGAUUGCCACCAAGUGGGCGCAGCUCCAAGAGAGUGCUCUGAAGAUCGCCGACGCCUGCCCCGACAUGGUGCACGUGCUCCGCUACGAGGAUCUGUUGCAGGACAGGCCUCUUGCAAUGAAGAGUCUCUUCGAGUUCGUCGGCAAGGAACAAUUCGCGUCCACGAGACAGACAAGCAUCUCGUCCGUGUUGCCGAUGACGGAUCUGGAGGCCAAGUGCGAGGACGCCAGGUCUGGAACCGAGUCGAAAAAGGCGGCGGGGUUGCCGAAGCAAUUUUGCAACCUGACUCUUGGCGACGACUUCGCGAAGGGCCAGUUUGCGAAGUGGCUCCACGGCACGCCGCCAAUGCCCACGGGCGACGUGAUCCUCGUCGAGAAUGCGACGUGGGAUACGAUGCAGCGCUUCGGUUACAUGCCGAGCAUCGUGUCGGUGACGCAGGACCCCGCAGCCUACUCGAAGAGUGAGCUGGAGACGUUUGAGAAGUUGAACAGGGAGGGGAUCGAGAAGAUGAACGCCGACCUGGAGGAGGAAGACCCCGAAGACGCGCGCCGCCGGAGAUGGCAGGCGGCGGCGCUCGCCUUUCCGCCGGAGCUCAUCCAGAAGCAGGCGGAGCGGAGGAGUGCGAGCUCUGCGUGCCAGCUGGAGCAGGUGGCGGCCGAUGGGCUCGCCAUCGAGAUCCCAGGGGGCCUGACCCUGCGCUGCGCGGCGUUGUCGCAGGCGGGGGGCCACCCCAUCAAAAGGCUCCCGAACCAGGACGCGUUCACCUUGGCGGAGGGCCGCGUCGGCGACGCGCAGCAGUGGCUCGCCGUCUACGACGGGCACGGGCCGCUCGGCCGGGAGUGCGCCGCCUUUGCCCGCGACCACCUCUGCGACGCCGUCACCGAUCGCCUGGGGCGCGGCGCGGCCGGCCCGCCGGCGGCCGGGGCCGAGCCGGCCGAGGACGAGGGCGCUGCUCUGAAGGCGGCGCACGUCGCCGUCGAUGCCAUGCUGCGCGAGGACGCGUCCAUCAACGACCAGGAGUCCGGGACCACGGCGAUCUUCAUGUACAGGUUUAGGGUUUAG